AUGGCAAACUUCCCCAACUUGAGGCGGCUCUUCAUCGAGGCCCGGACCGACGAUGAGGAGAGAGACGUGUCCCGCAAAGCUUUUUAUAAUGCGGUGCUCUUCAUGGCAUCUGUCGCUGUCUUCAGCUUGAUAGCACAGAAGCUGAACGCAGGCAAGUAA